UGUAAAGGCAAACGGUAAGAUAAGAUAAGGAGACAAUGUGUUAAACAUGUACUAUAGCCACGGAAUAAAGUGUAUGCAAUAAAAUGAAUACAAACGAAAUAAAACUAAAACAAACGUAGCAUACGAAAUUAUAAGAGAAAGCAUUCUUGUGUUGAGCGAGAGUCUGUAGGUCAAAGUCAAAAUCGAAACGAUUCAGCAGUCUGGUUUUGGCUGUGGUGGAAGCAACAAUUUGAGGAACUAUGUGCAACGCUGCAAAGCCGUGGCUAUACGUAAAGCGUAGUAUAGGCUCAGCCGUAGCUGGUACGAAAAAAGGUCAGAUUCCAUUCGAGCGCCUUCCAGGUCCAUGGGCCCUCCCAGUAUUAGGCCCGAUCAAUGAUGCUGUGCGUCUUGGAAACCCAAAAACCUUUCUGAUUGUUUUCCAUCAACAUCAACUUUUCAGUUUGCAUCUGACUGUUUCAAAUUACCACCGAAAAUUUGGACCGAUAUUUCGGAUUAAAAUAUCCCAGGCAAAUGCGGUGUUCAUAAAAGAUCCGGAAAUGAUGAGAAGUGUGUUUGUUUAUGAGGGCAAGUAUCCCAAACAUCCGCUACCUGAGUCUUGGACAUAUUUCAACCAAAAACACAAAUGUAAACGUGGCUUGUUUUUUAUGGAUGAUGAGGAAUGGUUCAAGUAUCGAAAGUUACUCAACCCGCUGAUGAUGCGUGAUACUGACUGGAUGGUUUUACCAAUACAACGAAUGUGUGAGAAAGCUGUUCAGAGCUUAUCUGAAGGAGUUACUAAAGAUAACCCAUCAUACGAAAUCCAAAACAUCGAGUCUACACUCUAUAAAUGGUCCAUUGAAGUUAUCCUAUGUCUAAUGCUAGGCAACUCGUACAACACAACGAACAUGGCAAAAUUAAAUACCCUCGUUAAUGAUUUCUCACGCACAGUGCAUACAAUUUUCCAAUACAGUUCCGAGUUAAUGAUGAUUCCACCACAUCUGGCAGAUUGCCUGCAGCUAAGUGCAUGGAAAAAAUUCGAACGAUUAGUUCCAGAAACCCUAGCUUUAGCAAAUAAAAUUAUCGACAUUUCACUAGAUGAUAUUGAGCGUGGGGACGGAUUGCUGUCAAAAAUGCAGGAUUGCAUUGCAUCUCGAGACGACAUUAAACGAAUAUUUGCAGAUUUAAUUAUCGCAGCUGGAGAUACGACUUCUUUCAGCAUGAUUUGGUGCUUUUAUCUGUUGGGAAGACACCAAAUACUGCAGGACCAGAUAAGAAGUGGAAUAUAUGAAAAUUUCAAAUCUCCUCAUCCAUUAGUGAUCGGAACAGUUCGAGAGGCUUUAAGGAUGUUUCCGGUAGCGCCGUUCAUUGGGCGCAUACUGAAAAAGGACGCAGUGAUUGGAGAAUACAGUAUACCGAAACAUACGCUUGUCCUUCUGUCGCUGUACAGUGCAGGAAGAGAUGAGACCAAUUUUCACUCACCGGAGGAAUUCCUUCCCCAGCGGUGGAUACGAAACAACGAUCAAAGCUGUUCAUUUUCUCCGUUCAAGUCUCAUGCUAGUUUACCUUUCGCAAUAGGCAGCCGGAGCUGCAUUGGUCGCAAAAUAGCCCAAAACCAAAUGCACACUCUGCUUGCUAUGGUUCUUAAGAAGUAUCGACUAUCAGUUCUCAACGAACAGGAAAUUUUUCCAGAAUUGAAAAUGAUUACCGUUCCUAAUGAAAAGCUCAGGUUGUCACUCAAAAAAUUGUAGCAUUUGGUUACUUAAAUAAUAUUUUUAAAUUUGUAAUAUAUGUAUAUAAGUAAAUAUAAAUGCAUUAAAUAUGCAACCUAAAAUUUACAAUUCAAACUUAUUGAACUUCUGUCGCAGAUCAUCAUCGUGUCGCUGUUAAAGUCUGAUUUGGGCUCCAAGUAAAUAGUAAAAAUCUAUCGCUACAUUAUUAAUAAUAUCAACUGAUUAAUCCAUUCCAAUCCAUUAAUAAUAUCAACUGAUUAAUCCAUUCCAACCGGAAGCGAAAUCCAAAUGGCCAAAUCAAGCCAAAUAAUAAGUCAAAUUCGUUUAUAACACCCACAAUAAAAGGCCGAGAGGAUAAUUCUACGAAAUCAAAAUUAUAUGCUAGUGUGCAUUGACUUGCAAAAGAACCUCUCACAAGUAUACUAGGGUGGUCCAAAUCUGGGCUUUUUUGGGGACUACCCCCUGAAAUCAAAGACUGACCCAUCACUAGGCUAAAUUCCAAAUUUGAGCUCAUUCUGACCACGGGAACCCCUCCCUCAAGGUCGCCCCAGCAGCUGGACACCGAGUUGCGGCUGAGGACAAAAGCAAAGGCCAGCAGAGCCAACCAAGACCCCUACACAAUCCCCCUUCCCUUUCCACGCCUUGUCUUUAACAUCAAUCCCUUCCCUACUAACCCCGAGUAGGCCGCGGGUAAUCGGCUCCCCUCCCACUAACAUUUACACACAAGAUCCUCUGUAAUUAUUAAGUCAAAUGUAAUUACAUAAGCCGACUCGGUCCUAACCAGGUCCCAGCACCGAAAGGGACCUAAUGAAAAUAAUUUUAUAAAAAAGCCCUCCCUCCAAUCGCUUAAAGUAUGUAUGGGAAAAAUCGUCAAAAUGUAUGUAGAAAGGCAACUGUUUUACAUUUUUAACUUGUUGAAGGGGCCAUAAUUAUCUGAUUUUCAUCAUUUCUCCGAUGUAGAACAAUCAUUAAAUUUAGAACAACUUUUCCAAAGACACCAUAUUUUUGGGAUUUUUUCCCACGAAAUUAUUAGCGCCCGAAACUGACCCUUUUUGCGCGGCCAGCUGUAAGGGGCUACCUAACAGCGAUUUCCUUAAUUCCAAUUCGUACACGCACGUGCUCUCUCUCAGGUUCAAACUCUCUCACGAGUUUGCUGUCUGCCUGCCUGGCUGUUUACCUACAUGACACUAUGGGCCAUCCCCAUACAAACAGGCGGCCAAAUUAUGUUUUUGCUUUUUAAAUGUUUUUUUUUCAUACAAAUUUGGGUAAAUGUAUGGUAUUGAAAUGGUAUACGGGUCAUUCCACCUGAAGUGUGCAAGAAAAAAUGCAAAUUUGAAAAUUACCAUCUCCGAUUCUGCUCAAAUUUGGCAGAGCUGUUGAGACUAUCAAAACAUGCAAAAAUCCCGAAUUUCAUCCAAAUCGGACCACCCCCUCCAUUUUUGUACCCUCCCAAAAAAUCGACUUUAUGGCGAUUUUUGAGCGAAACCCCUAUCUUCAAACGACGAUAACUCAGGAACCACAAAUCUUAGAGGGUCGGUCUUAGACUCAAUUUUGAAGGAAAUUGGACAUAGAAUCCAUUUCCGUGAUCAAAAUUUAGAUUAAAAUAUGUUUUCUACCUGUAUUGCGCAAUUGAAAACUUUAAAUGGCCGUAUCUCAAAACAGCCCUAAUUAUUUUUUUAAAUUUGACCUCACCAUCGUAUUCCCCGUCCGAUUUUACAUAAGAAUCACUUAUCGACAGAAAGAAAUAUGUUUCGUUCCAGAGAUAUCGAAUUUUAAAGUUUUGAGUAUUUGAGAUUACCUAAAUUAGCUACACUCGCCGCCUCUACUAGAAGCACUAAGUCGUGCUGAUCAAUAACUGCUACCUGCUAUUAUUGAAAUAAGAUUUCUGUAUAAUCUUUAAUUAAAAAAUAGUAUACAGUGAAUUUGUGUGCUAGCCCAGCGAUUCUCAACGGGGGUACCGGGCCUACUUGAUUUACAUGACAGGGGGUACCGGCCUAGAAGAAGGUUGAGAAUCGCUGUGCUAGCCCAAUGGAUAGCCCAAGAAUGGAAUUCCCACAGAGCUAGCAGGAAAUUGCAAUUGAUCUUGUAAGUAACACUUAAGAAAAAGUGUACGAUACAUUAUCGUGUUGAAAAUUAUGAAUUAAAAUGAAUAUAAUUUGAGAAGCAUAAUUAAGGAGGAGGAUUUCUGGAAAGUAUAAAACUGAAAAAUGUAAGUAAAUCACAAAGAUUAAUCUGAUUUAUUAUCUGAUUAAGAUCAAAUUCAGUGUUGAUUUCGACACCGUCCGAACAAUAAUCUUUUUUUUUGUUUGUCAAUCAUUUAGAAAUCUUGAAAGACGAUAAAGCUGCUGUCCACAUGUAACAGAAUUGAAAAAAAUCAUCAAUUAUUCAGAUGAAACUGGCUCACAAUAUAAAAAUCGGUUUAAUAUGAUCAACCUUUCAAACCGUAAGGCAGAUUUUGAGGUUUUUGCUGAAUGGCACUAUUUCGCUACCGCACAUGGCAAUAGCUCUAGACCCCAUUGUCGUGAUCGGGGACUUUCUUUUAUAAUAAAAACACAGAUAUUUUGCAAUCAACAAACAACACGUCUUAUUCCACAGAAAUUAACCACAAAACUGAUUUGACAAUCUUCAUUCUCUCUUUCGCUGGCCGCGCGCAUCUCGUUGUUUUCUCGCUCGUUGUUCUCUCUCGCAGCUCGCUAGCGCGCUCUCGCACUCAAUCCACAAUCAGCUAACAAGGCAAUAUUCAUGAAGGUGCGCACUUUUUGUUGCGCUCUUAACUCUUAUUUAUGAAUUAUAUCAAUCUUAUAAUAAAUACUCAUUUAAUAAUU